AUGUCGCAGCAAGAGAAGCCCAUCACCGCUUACCCAAGCGUCGAGCUUCAGGAGCAGAACCAGGAAGGCGGACCCGGCCUCGACGCUGAAUUGAAGCCUGCCGCCAACUUCACGCAGCUUGAAUAUUGGGAUGACGACGGCAAGCCCUAUCUGAAGGAGUACGAGGGCCGUGGCCUGCUCAAGGACAAGGCUGUUCUGAUCACCGGAGGCGACUCGGGCAUUGGCCGUUCCGUGGCAAUCCUGAUGGCACGUGAAGGUGCUGAUGUCUCCAUCGUCUAUCUGCCCGAAGAAGAGAAGGACGCCCAAUGGACCAAGGCCCAGAUCGAGAAGGCCGGCCGAAAAGCCAACCUCAUGCCCUCGAAUGUGCGCGACGAGGAUGAGUGCAAGAAGGUCGUUGAUGGCCACAUCAAGGCUUUUGGCAAACUGAACGUGCUGGUCAACAACAGCGCAAUGCAGGAGAUUUCCAACGAGUUCCGCGACAUCGACCUGAAGUCGGUGGAAAAGACGUACCGCACAAACAUCCUUUCCGUGUUUGCCAUGACCAAGUUCGCUCUUCAGCACAUGAAGCGCGGUGAUUGCAUCGUCAACUCCAGCUCCGUUGCUGCCUACAUGGGCAACCCGCAGCUCGUCGACUACUCCUCUACAAAGGGCGCCAUCACCACCUUUACCCGCUCUCUGGCGCAGCAGCAGGCAAAACAUGGCAUCAGAAUCAACGCUGUCGCACCCGGAAUCAUUUGGACACCGCUCCAGCCAGCCACGAAGGGCAACCCUCCGGAAGUCAUGAAGGGGCUCGGUGUCGGAGAAGCCCCGCUUAACCGUCCAGGCAUGCCAGUGGAAUGCGCAACCGCUUACGUCUUCCUUGCUAGCCCGUAUGGAUCAUAUUGUUCAGGCGAGACUCUCCAUGUCACUGGAGCCUUGGAAGUACAAGGUUGA